AUGGCCGAAACCUCCUCGUCGUCUUCCACAUUCGCUCCUGACAUACUGUACAUAAUUUUGUCUACCUACGUAGUAAUUGCAAGGGCGUACAAAGUACAGUAUAGCAGUGAAGCUAGUGAAGCAGCAUAUCUCUUUGCGUCCCUUCACUCCAAAUGUGAAGGGCCGACGACUCGCGCUUCGCGAACGCACGAACCAACUUAUGGCAUAAUCCGGGGGAUCUGCGAAUACGGACAUUCUAGUUGCACUAUCUGGCCCCGGCCAUCAUGUCGUUUGGCAAGACUCGCGGCAUCGGCAAGUCCUGCACUUUGCGCACGUGCUAUGUAUGACGCGGCCGCACUUUACUUUGCAUGCGUACAUUGCUCAAGCACAUUCGCGACCUGUGUGGCCGUGUCGGCACGUGGCCACAGACAUAUCAACCCCGGUUUCGUUGCUCCGGUGCAAUCUUGCUGCCGAAACAUCUGCCGCGUUUCUGGAAGGUGUGGAUGCGUUCGUCGGAGAUGA